AUGUUUCUGUCUCUUCCUACGUUGACUGUACUUAUUCCGUUGGUCUCUUUAGCCGGACUGUUCUACUCAGCCUCCGUGGAAGAAAACUUCCCACAGGGCUGCACUAACACAACCAGCCUGUGCUUUUAUAGUCUGCUCCUGCCCAUUACCAUACCAGUUUAUGUGUUCUUCCACCUUUGGACUUGGAUGGGUAUUAAACUCUUCAGGCAUAAUUAA